CCACGACCUUGUGACCGCCUUGUUCUCCCCACCACCACCAGAUCUUUAUAACCAUUUCCUCGACUCUUAUCUUGGUUCUGUCAUUCCUGGUGUUGCACAACGGUGACAGUGUGGGACCUCUGGCAACCCCACGCCAACCACUUAUUCACCUGUUGACCUGUUUGCUUUGCCUCCGAGCAAGACGUUCAUUCAUUCUGCCAUUGACACGACGGUAUCUGUCGACUCAACAAUAUAGAGCCAUUGGGACUCCUGCGUGAUUUACCCCUACCUACCAUUCCACCAUUACUCCUUGGUCACGCCAAUUCCAAAGGAGCUCAUGUUUCGUCAAAGUCGGUCAUAAUUCCAAAUCACCUAACCUGAAAUGGCCAACCCAGCCGAACCACCACGGAGGCGCUUUGCUCCUGUUCCCAUCGAGACCACGUUCGAGCAAUACCGCAAGACCGGCCCUGCUCCUGAGCCGACCCCGAGUCCAUCACCACGCUCAGAAUCUCCCCCAGCCUUCCUACUUCGAGAAAAGCGAAGGUUCGCCCCGCAGCUCGUCGAGUCCUCUGUCCGGAGAUCACGAAGGGCAGGAGACGAUGGCCCCGCUACACGACCCACCGACAGGACUGACAUUACCCCAUACACCAACCAUAUAUAUGUGCCCAGAUCAAGGAGGCAACAUGGACACAGCAAAACUCGGGAGCGGGGGAUGGACCUGGCCCGCCGCGAAUCCUGCGAUGAGGAGGUUGCCGGCGGGGUCUUCGACCUGGUUGCGAAGGAUGCACAGAGGAAGCUGCAGGAGGUGGCCCUCAGUGCGUUCCCCAACAGCAACAUAAGAAUCGGGGGUGCGGAACACUUCUACGUACGGGAGAGCUCGGAUGACGACAAUGCCCCGGCCAGAGGCAGGGCAGAAACCCGUGGGAUUGGUCGCGUCCGCCGCUCGAGGCGGAACUCGUCUACGGAGGAUAUUAGCUGGGCCUUCAAGGAGAUGCAAGAACACGCCGCGAUACUGGAGUCGAAGCAAGACCGCAUAUCGACCCCGGAUCUUGACAAUAUGAGCAUCGAUGGUCCGCCUAGCGAUGCAAUGGGCCUUACAAGGGCUCAGAGACAGUCCAUGUCUGGGUCGCCGUUGUGGACCGCGUCUAGAUCGUCGAGCUUGCUGGGGGCCAUUGGAGAGCAUCAUAUGCCGUACGUGCGCGCCGAGUCACCCCUGCCCACCAUCGGCGAAGCCGCCAUGCCGUACGUCCCUCCGGAAUCGCCGGCAAUCCUCCCAAUUGGCGAGACCUUGAUGCCCUAUAUCCCCACGGCCCCGGCUGGCCAAGCCGCCAACAUGCCCUAUGCCCCGGCGUCCCAAAUUCCGCCAGAGACUGGGUUUGGCAGCAACCGAGCCUUCCCGCCUCCGUUCGGCGGUCUUCACAAUGACAGGGACAUGUCCCUCGAAAGGCUAAGGAACCUUCACCGUCUCCGGGCCACUGCUUCGCCGCCCAUGCUUGGGAAGGACCUGAAGUUCCGCAUGUGCCCAUCCCCUGAACAGACCAAACUCGAGCCAGACCACCUCUGGGACCUCCAGACAGGUACCACAGCCGAGGAGCCAAACCGCGAUGUCAGCGGAGAGCACGGGUUGUGGCGUGGAUAUUGCUACACCUCGGACAGGUCCGAGCAGCUUGCCCUUGCCGAAAGGCCGGCAAUGAUCUCGACCCCCUAUGCAGCCACGACACCGGGAGACCCGUUUGCGAGGGCGUUCAGCAUGUCGGCACCGAAUGCCACGAUCUGCGACGAGCCCGAAGCGGUGGCUAGGUCAGACAAACUACACCAUCACAACCAUAAUCUCUCCAAUUCGGCGACCAUGCAACCUGAGCAUCGCAGACUUAACCAAGAACCCAAGGGCCUUCAUAUGCUACAGGGUCUUGACGAACGCCUUCGCAAAGAGAAGGCCGCGGCAGACCUGGAAGAGAAGAUCAUUGAGGAGUUUGACGACUCCUUCGUCACGCAGGUUUACAAUUACCUGUCCCUUGGCUACCCAGCCACGGCUCGGGCAUACGAUGCAGAGUUGAGCAAGAUCAGCAGGAUAAGCCUCGAAGAGCUUGAGCAGGACGAUGUUGUUAUUAUGGACAGCCUUUGGAUUCACAGCAGACCUGGUUCCGACAGCGCGAGCGCCGGAGGAAACACGAUGUUGGCGGGUAUUUCCAAUGGCAAAAGGGUCAGGACCGCCUGCCACAUCAUGCUCGAAAACGAAGAGCAGCCCGACGUCUGCGAGGAGGACCGCACUGCGCGAUGGAAAGCCCUGAAGCAGUACAUCUACGAGUGGGCAAGGCAGCACCCUGACCUGGGCGCCAUCAGCCCUUUGGCAUGGGGCAUGCAGGAGAGACGAGGAAGCUGGGGGGUCUGAUUUUUUAUUUUAUCUCAACCGGGCAGCAUCACCCGGGCAGCGUCACCCGGGCAGCAUCAGCAUAGCAACGGAUGAAAUUUGCGUCGACAACCUCAUUCAGCACCGUUUGGUUCCAUCCAAUUGGCCGCUAGUCAA